GGGCGGAACGCGGUGCGCGGGCCGCGCGCUUCCGGGGGGCCGCGUUCUGGGUGGCACCGCCCCUCCCGGUAACGGACACGGCCGGGCGAGGAGAUGGCGGCGGCCUGGAGCGGCGGCUGCUGCUGCUGAGGGGCUGGAGCCGGGCGCGGAGCGGCCUGUGCGGGACCCGGAGCCAUGGAGGGCGGCGGAGGCAGCGCGGGGAAGCCGAGCCUGCAGCUCGUGUACCAGGCGGUGCAGGCGCUUUACCACGACCCGGACCCGAGCGGCAAGGAGCGGGCGAGCUGCUGGCUGGGGGAGCUGCAGAGAUCGGUUCAUGCGUGGGAGAUCUCAGACCAGUUGCUACAGAUCCGGCAGGAUGUAGAAUCAUGCUACUUUGCAGCACAGACCAUGAAGAUGAAGAUUCAAACCUCAUUCUAUGAACUCCCCACAGAUUCGCAUGCUUCGUUGCGGGACUCUUUACUGUCCCACAUCCAGAACUUGAAAGACCUGUCACCCGUCAUUGUAACUCAGCUUGCAUUAGCAAUAGCAGAUCUCGCCCUACAAAUGGCUUCUUGGAAGGGCUGUGUACAGACACUGGUGGAAAAGUACAGUAACGAUGUGACAUCACUGCCCUUUCUACUGGAGAUCCUCACGGUGCUGCCAGAGGAGGUUAAUAGCCGAUCUUUGCGCAUUGGCGCCAACCGCCGGACCGAAAUCAUUGAAGACCUGGCUUAUUACUCCAGUACAGUGAUCUCCCUUCUAAUGACCUGUGUGGAGAAAGCAGGCAACGAUGAGAAGAUGCUCAUGAAAAUUUUCCGCUGCCUGGGGAGCUGGUUCAACCUGGGAGUUCUGGAUAGUAACUUCAUGGCCAACAGCAAGUUAUUGUCCCUCCUCUUCGAGGUGCUGGUGGUAGAAAUUUCCUUUAACUUCUGGUACAGACUGGGGGAGCAUCUGUACAAAACGGACGAUGCCGUCAUCCACAGCAUCUUCAAAGCCUACAUCCAGAGGCUUCUGAACGCUCUGGCCAGACACUUGGGCUGCAGUGGGCAUGGGGUGGCUGGUGAAAUUGCAGUUCACCUUCCCCACGCGCUGAUUGUCACUAAGGAGCCAGGCAGGGAGGGUGUUCCGGAGGAGACAGACGACUUCGGGGAGUUCCGGAUGAGGGUCUCGGACCUGGUGAAGGACUUGAUCUUCCUGGUUGGAUCGGUGGAAUGUUUUGCCCAGCCAAGAGCAGUUGACCAGGACAGAGCCUGCUUCACCCAGCCCUACGCCUCCCAGCCCAGGACACAGCACCGGCGAGCGAGAGGGACAAAGGAGAACAACCCGACGCUGGUGGAGGUGCUGGAGGGGGUGGUGCGCCUCCCCGAAUCAGUGCACACUGCUGUCCGCUACACCAGCAUUGAGCUGGUGGGAGAAAUGAGCGAAGUCGUGGACAGAAACCCUCAGUUCCUGGAUCCUGUGCUGGGUUAUUUGAUGAAAGGUCUCUGUGAGAAGUCACUGGCCUCUGUUGCUGCCAAAGCUAUUCACAAUAUCUGCUCAGUUUGCCGAGACCAUAUGGCUCAGCACUUUAAUGGCCUGCUGGAGAUUGCCCGCUCCCUUGACUCCUUCAUGCUGUCUCCAGAGGCGGCUGUGGGACUCCUUAAAGGGACAGCGCUGGUUCUUGCCCGGCUACCCUUGGAAAAGAUAGCAGAGUGCCUCAGCGAGUUGUGUGCCGUUCAGGUGAUGGCACUGAAAAAGCUGCUGUCUCAGGAGCCGAGCAAUGGCCUGUCCUCAGACCCCACGGUGCCCCUAGAUCGACUGGCUGUCAUAUUUAGGCAUACCAACCCCAUUGUAGAAAAUGGCCAGACACAUCCGUGCCAAAAAGUCAUCCAGGAAAUCUGGCCGGUCCUGUCGGAGACCCUGAACAAACAUCGUGCCGAUAACCGCAUCGUGGAACGCUGCUGCCGGUGCCUGCGCUUUGCUGUCCGCUGUGUAGGCAAAGGGUCUGCGGCCCUGCUGCAGCCGCUGGUCACGCAGAUGGUGAACGUGUACCAGGCGCACCAGCACUCCUGCUUCCUGUACCUCGGCAGCAUCCUGGUGGACGAGUACGGGAUGGAGGAAGGCUGCCGGCAGGGGCUGCUAGACAUGCUGCAGGCGCUGUGCUUGCCUACCUUCCAGCUCCUAGAGCAGCAGAAUGGCCUUCAGAACCACCCAGACACCGUGGACGACCUCUUCCGGCUAGCCACCAGGUUCAUCCAGCGCAGCCCAAUCACCUUGCUCCGCAGCCAGGUGAUCAUUCCCAUCCUGCAGUGGGCCAUCGCCUCCACCACCCUGGACCACCGGGACGCAAACUGCAGCGUCAUGAAAUUCCUGCGCGACCUCGUCCACACCGGGGUGGCCAAUGACCAUGAAGAGGACUUUGAAUUGCGGAAGGAGCUGAUCGGGCAAGUGAUGAACCAGCUGGGCCAGCAGCUCGUGAGCCAGCUGCUGCACACCUGCUGCUUCUGCCUGCCGCCCUACACCUUGCCCGACGUCGCCGAGGUGCUCUGGGAGAUCAUGCAGAUCGACAGGCCGACAUUUUGUCGCUGGCUAGAGAAUUCACUGAAGGGUUUACCAAAGGAAACAACUGGGGGAGCCAUCCAAGUAACGCACAAACAACUUACGGACUUUCACAAGGAGGUGACUAGUGCUGAGGAAUGUAAACAAGUGUGCUGGGCCCUGAGAGACUUCACCCGGUUGUUUCGAUAGCUCGCGCGCCCACUCUGUUCCUGUCUCCCAGGAAUGUCUUUUUAUUUAGAAGACAGGAAAUAAGCAAACCAAGAAUGUCCCACAAUCAGCAAACUUCAUUGUGGCCGAGGGCUUUCACUCACUCUCGUGUGCGCCGUCAAACCCGAAGAGACGCUUCCCGCCAGAACACGCCAGUGAAGUUACUGUUUGUGAGAGAGGGCACCUCAACCUGACUAAAGAUGGCUGCAGCCGGACCUACGGCAUUGUAGGGGGAACGCUGCUUUCCCGGUGGACUCGCUUUAAAAAAAAAAAAGAAAGAAAGAAAAAAACAAAAAAAGAGAGAAAAGAAACAAGAAUGGAAGAAAAAAAUUUGCCUGGUAGCAAAAAAAAAAAAAAAAAAAAUACAAAACAAAGUAGAAAACUUUCUGUGAAAUGAAAAAUAAAAUAAAAUUUACUUAAGGAAAACGUGGGGAUUAAAAACACGAUCCUGCAAACCCAAUUCUCUGCACUGGGAGGGGGGGAGGCAUCCAGGUUUUUAGCCCACCUCCAGAACUCCCUGAGCUUCCCUUCCCUUCCCCCGCCCCGCCCCCCAAAAGAACAAUCAGGAGGAGUCGGGUCCCCCAUGCGGCACCGUGGGGAUCCUGCUGUUCGCCCCUGUGGAGCGCACUUCCAGAGCUCUGGGAGUUUAAACUUAACCCACCCCACCCGCCCUCCUUAAGCAACCCCCCCUAGCUAAAUCUGAUGCCAUCAAUCUGUCAGCCUCCUGGAGGAGAGUCAGCCUGGGAUAGACUGUUAUAUAUUAUAUAUAUUUUUUCUUUUUUUAGGUUUUUUUUUUAAUUUGGUUUUAUUUGGGGGUUUUACCAUGGGGGGGAGAGGAGAGGGCUCUAGAGGUCGCAGUGAUGGGGCUGACUAUUUUACUCAACAGAUUUGGAAACUGCUCCCUGGGGAAUCUUACAUUGACAAGACCUGAGACCCUGCGCAGGCGUUAGAAUUGAGCGCAUGCUGUUCCGUCUGGUGUUGUAGCCAUCUCGAGAACAAUACAAACAAAAAAAAAAAACAAAAAAAUAAAUUAAAAAAUUCAAAUGUCA